AUGUCGGAAAAGGUCAUUUUCAUGCUUUUUUUGGCGCUUUCGGCGGCUGAGCGCCUCUGCGAACCAGGUGCUUCGCAGGGCUACAAAGUUCGUCUGAGCAUCCGAACAGCUCUGGGAUCGGACGCCUACAACUGGACCCAAAAUGAAAUGUUCCUUUUUCGAGCCACGCUGGCUUUCGCCAUGAGGAAUCACCUCGACGGCCACGAAUUCCGAGUGGAGGAUGUCAUCGUGUGUGAAGAGACGCCCCGGGUGUCUUUCUGGUUUGUGGUCAAGUGGCCCGAAGACCCGAACCGACUGGUCAACGGUACCGAGGUGGAGUUGGCGAUCAGGAAGUCUCGGAACCGCAUCAAUAGCGCCUUCCUGCUGACGGACAGGACUCUGGAGUUUUUGGGCAUCGCACCGACCCUGGCGGCACCGGCUCCGCCCACCACUCCCCCGUGGCUCAUCGCCUUCGGGGUGGUCAUGGGUGCCGUGGGGGCCGGAUUCGUCGUUCUGGUCGCCUCCUCCGUCAUCCAAAAGAGAAGAAAUAAGAAAAAUGUGGACAACGCCAUCGAGGAAAACGGCGGGGAGGGCGACGUCGAGACGCAGCCGGCCAAACGUCUGGAGAACGGUAGCGCGCGGCGGCAUUCCAGCGGCGUCACCAACGAUGCCUUUUCUGACGACGAGCGAGUCACACAAAUGUAA